UAUAAAUCAAAUCAAAACCGUGUUUGUUUACCCUCUCAAAUUUCAAUUAUUACUAUUAUUUUUAUCUCUCUGCUCUUCAGCUUAGAAGGAAAAGCCUAAUCAGUACAGAUCUCUCUCACCCACGACACAAACACAAACACAAACACUACUUGAGAAAAGAAAACUCAACACUGGACACCAAUCCUCUUUCCAAUGCGUACGCUCUCUAACCUCACCUAUCUCAUCCUCUUUCUUUCUUUAAUCACCAAUGUCUCCGCCGCCGCCACCACCGCCGCUACUAUUAUCACCCAACAGUUCAAAGAAGCCCCGCAAUUCUACAACUCCCCAGAUUGCCCCUCACUUGAUCAUGAAUAUGAGCAAGAAUCAGAAUUAGACGGUGAUAUGUGCUCCGAUCAAUCAGUGCACGUGGCAAUGACUUUAGAUACAGCCUAUAUCCGCGGCUCCAUGGCAGCAAUUCUGUCUGUUCUUCAACAUUCAUCUUGUCCCCAAAAUACAGCUUUCCACUUCGUGGCUUCCGCCUCCGCCAACGCCACUCUCCUCCGUGCCACCAUCUCCUCCUCCUUUCCUUAUCUGAAAUUCAAAGUUUACACAUUCGACGACUCCUCAGUUUCAAGGCUUAUCUCUACUUCAAUCCGUUCAGCACUUGACUGUCCUCUGAACUACGCUCGCAGCUACUUAGCUGGAAUCCUCCCUCUAUGCGUACGUCGAGUCGUUUACCUCGACUCCGACCUGAUUCUCGUCGAUGACAUUGCUAAACUCGCCGCUACUCCUCUGGGUCCAAAUUCAGUGCUUGCAGCUCCUGAAUAUUGCAAUGCUAAUUUCACUUCUUAUUUCACACCAACUUUCUGGUCUAACCCUUCUUUAUCGCUCACAUUUGCGGAUAGAAAAGCCUGUUACUUUAACACCGGAGUUAUGGUUAUCGAUCUUGAUAGAUGGAGAGAAGGUGAUUAUACUACAAAGAUUGAGGAAUGGAUGGAGUUGCAAAAAAGAAUGAGAAUUUAUGAACUGGGUUCGUUGCCGCCAUUUUUACUCGUAUUUGCAGGGAAUAUUGUACCGGUUGAUCAUAGGUGGAAUCAACACGGGCUCGGUGGAGAUAAUUUUAGAGGCCUAUGUAGGGACCUGCAUCCAGGUCCUGUUAGUCUAUUGCAUUGGAGUGGGAAAGGGAAGCCAUGGGCUAGGCUCGACGCCAACCGGCCGUGCCCUUUGGAUGCUCUCUGGGCACCUUAUGAUCUUUUACACACUCCUUUUGCCUUGGAUUCUUGAACGUUAUUAAGGUAUAUAAACAUAUAUAUAUGUAUGUAUAUGAUCUUUACUCAAAAGUUGCUCGUAACGAGGAGAGGGAGAGAGAUCUGAAGAGAUCAUGCAUCAAGUUAUACAGAGAGAUAUAAUUUCGGUUCCAAGAAAAAGAAUUUACAGUUUCCAAGUUUAGGUACGUUGCUGUAGAUGAUCAUUAUACAGAGCUUUUGUAUUUUCUGUCUAUAUACUUGUUCUAUCCAGAAUUAAUUUUCCGUUUAAUUCUAUUAUUACUUGUAUUCAGUAGAGGAACAAAAAAAAAAUACUAUAUAUUACUGCGAAAUAAGAAAAACCCAGAAAGAGAAGUCAAAUAAGAGAUCAACAAAGAGGACUUCAUGAACUUCCUUUUGGAUGUAUGUUUAAUUGUAUCCAGUUUCAUAAAAAACCAGAGAGCUUUUUUGAAUGGUCUCUCAUGAAUCGUUCAUUUCUCUAAA